AGAAUAAAAUACCUAGAUAUUACCUAUUACUUUAUGAGAGAUAAUCUAACAGAAAAUAAUAUCAAUUUAGUAUAUAAAAAUAUCAAAAUAAUCUUCACUAAUAAUUUAACUAAAGCUACUAAUAUAAAUAAGUUUCAAGAAUUUAUUAGUAGAGUUAGUUUAGUUAAAUUUAAAGAAUAA